GAAAUCUCUGAGUUUCCUCGUCACAUGGUUCAAGCGGGAGUCCAAGAAAGUUAAAACAAACAUCGAAAAGUUGUGAAAGAAGAAGAGAAAUGCAGGGAACAGAUUCAAAGUCUCCGUUCAAUGGCAUGAUGAAGAAAGGAAAGCAAAAUGUGGGGGGUGCUUCAAGCCAAGACUGAAACUAUCCCGAUUCCCAAGAAACUGAAAGAACCCAAGUUUUCUUUUCUGUUCUUUUAGAAGGAAAAUCCAUGUCCAUGGAACCAUCUCCUGCUUGCAUGGCAAGAACUGGAUGGAACUAUAUUCGAUGUAUUUGAACUUGGAUUGAUUUGUUUUUUGAGAAGGAAAUAUUAAAUACAACUAUUUGGAAUUACUACGAGGAGAAUGAUGGUGGAGAACAAAAAGAAACAGGAAAGAAACUCAAGGAAAAAGAAGUCGGUAACGAGAUUGAUGAGAUAAGUGGUAGGUUUCAGCGCAUGAAGCGUGAAACAAGUAAAAGAGAGCUCUCCUGGGCAAAGCAUGGUCUUUGGAGGCAAGAGCAGAAGAGCAGAGCAGCUAAGCUAGAGAAACAGCUCAAAGCACGAAGGGAACUUGAGGUGCUAAUUGAGGAACAACUGAACAGGUUUCAUGCGCAUUACAACCAUGCCAUGGCCCCAAGUCAUCUCGAGGAUGUGUCACAACUCCUCAUGCCACAAUGUGUAGCUCCCCAAGAGCUGGCCAUCAUUUCCUGGCUUGGUGAUUGGAGACCAUCUGCCAUUCUGGAACUCCUGCAGGGCCUGGCUCCUUCAUCUUUCUUACCAGACUCAAUUGAUAUGGGACAUGUCCUAUCUCAGAUUAUCCAUGAGAUACGUAUUGAGGAGGCAGUAAUUGAUGAGGAAAUGGCUGAGAUUCAAGCUACAUGUGUUCUCCACCUUCCCUUUGCCCCAGUGAAAAGCAGUAAGUCAGGUGGUUCUGCCUUGCCUGAUAUUCGAGUUGAGUUCAAGAAGAUUGCUCGGGUUGUCACUAAGGCUCAAAAGCUCAGGUUCAAAGCAUUGGAGCUGGUGGUGAAGAAGGUGCUGAACCAAACCGAUGCAGCAAAGUUCCUGGUGACCUUAUCAGGAAUUCAAGAUGCUAUCCACCAGUUUGCAGAGCACCAGAGGUUGCGAAAGGGGCCAGUUUCUCUGUUUGUCAAACCUCAGGGUGUAGUUGAGACUUCAAAGCAGAUAAAGAUUCGCUUAGAAGACAGAAUCAGUUUUUGGGAGAAGACUAUCCUGAGCUUAGAACAAGAGAGGAGUGGCCAAGGAAUUCAAGAUGCUAUCUACCAGUUCGAAAAGCAACAGGGGUUGCGAAUGGGGCCAAUUACUCUGUCUAUCAAGUCUCGGGAUGUAGGUGAGACUUCAAAGCAACCAAAUAUCCAUUAGAAGACAGAAACAGCUUCUGGGGGAAGACUACCUGAGCUUAGAACAAGAGAGAACUGGCCGUGAGCAAUGAAUGCCUUUGGACACUGACUAUGUUUAACAUCACACUCUUUGUUGUAUCUAUAGCAAUAUGGCAUUAUAGGUUCCGCUAGCUAGAAUUGUAUAAAACCUCUUCUUUUUUCUUUUUUUUUGUCUUGGUUGGACAACUUUGUUUUUCCUUAGAACAUGUGAGGAACUUAAUUACACAU